AUGUCUUCCCACCAGCCCACCAUGCCAUGCAGUACUCGUUCGAAUUCGGAUUUCGACGAGUAUCAAUGGGUCAUUAACAUCGGACGAGCACUCGAGAAAGAGCUUGAAGAGGAUUGUGAUGAAAGCCCGGUGUGCAUUUUUACUGUCCCCAAGACCUUAAUGUCUUCCGAUCCCCACUCUUAUACUCCACAACAACUUUCACUAGGCCCAUACCAUUAUCGUCGUGCUGAUCUUCACGAGAUGGAGAGGUAUAAGCUGUCAGCAGCCAAGAAACUGCAAAACCAACUUCAAAGCCACAGAUUUGAAAAUCUCGUCGAGCAGUUGAUAAAGCUUGAACCACAGAUUAGGGCAUGCUACCACAAGUACUUGGAUUUUAAUGCUGAAACGCUAGCGUGGAUGAUGGCUUUGGAUGUUUCGUUCUUGCUUGAGUUUCUUCAAAUUUAUUCUGUCAGAGAAACUAAGAUGUUAUCGAGGGCCCCGUCAGGAAUGUCUCAUUUGCUUGAUUAUUCGAAGAGGAAAUCGGCUCAUCAUGUUAUUCUCAGAGAUAUGGUGAUGCUCGAGAAUCAAGUUCCACAAUUUAUAUUGAGAAAGGUGCUAGAGUUUCAAUACAUGUCAGCUGAAUUAGCUGAUGAAAUGCUGCUGUCCAUGGUUAUAGGAUUAGCUAAAGAGCUCUCCCCUUUCAAGAUGAUCGAGUUGCCAAAGACUACGGAAGUCUUGGAGCAUUCCCACUUGCUAGACUUCUUGUAUGACAUUAUCGUGCCCAAAGUGGAAGGACCGAUCGAGAUGGUACUUGAAGAUGUUGCAGAUCAGAUCGAAAGCGAUAAUCAGCAAGAAGAAGAACGAUCUGGGGUUGAUUCAAGUUACGUGAAACAACUCCUCACCGUGACUUGGAAUAUGGUUUCACAACUAAAGAUAACCCCAGUACGUUUGGUCAAGAACAUUUCAUCAUCUAUGGCGAUCAAGUUGAAAUUGUCUUGGACAAUCCUAUCUAAACUCAAAAAUCCUGAUGACCAUGAAAAUGAGGACUCCAGUAGAAGCACGAAGAACAAGCCACCACUGGUAGAAGAGAUCACAAUUCCUUCAGUCACCCAGCUCUCAAAAUAUGGUGUUUCCUUCAUCCCUACAAAGGGUAACAUCUCAACCAUUGCUUUCGACAAAGAGAAGGCUGCAUUUCACCUGCCCACAAUUAGUUUAGAUUCAAACAGUGAGGUGAUGUUCAGAAACUUGGUAGCAUAUGAAAUAUCAAGUGCAUCAGGGCCCUUGCUUUUUACUCGAUACAUAGAAUUGAUGAAUGGGAUCGUCGACACGGAGGAGGAUGCAAGAUUGCUUAGAGAAAGCGGCAUUAUUUUGAACCGUUUGAAGAGUGAUGAAGAAGUGGCCAAUAUGCUGAAUGGGAUGAGCAACUGCAAGUGCAUUAGAUUGACGAAAGCUCCAUUCUUAGAUAAGGUGAUUGAAGACGUGAACAAGUAUUAUGAUAGCCUAUGGAUGGUGAGGAUGAAAAGAUUCAUGAAGCGGUCUGUGUUCUGUUCAUGGCAAUAUCUCACCAUGUUGGCCGCCAUUUUGCUCUUUCUCUUAAUGGCCAUGGAAGUGUUCUGCUCAUUUUAUCAAUGCGCUCGCAUCUUUCACGUUGAUAUUUUUAACACUACCUCAUCAUGA